CCAGAUCAAUAACAUUAACACGCGAAUGAAAAUGUUAACGGUGAUUUUGAUUUAGUAAAGCAGAAUGUCAUGUGGCAUGCAUUACAUUCGACAAAAAUUUUGAACUAAAGCGCUGUCAUGGCGCUUGUAUAUAGUUGUUGCUUUUGGUUUUCACUCCGGCUCGCCGGAAUUCUUAUCGGGCUUUGGUCGAUUAUGCAUGCGACAAUUGUUUUGAUUUUAUCGAUUAUAGCUUACAAACAGCCACAGAAUGUAAAGCAACAAAUAGAGCACUGGAUGAAAACUUUUGAUUUAACGUAUAUCGUGGGUUUUCUUGAAACCUUUAAGGAAGAUCCUCAAAAGUUUUUGACAUUUUUGAUGAUUAUUAACAUUUUUUAUAUUAUGCUUUGUCUUGUGUAUAUUUAUGGGGCAUUGAAGUGUAAUAAUGCAUUAAUGGUUGUUUUCAUUUUGGUGGAGUUGGCACGUCUUUUUAUAUUGACUAACUUGGUAACAGUGGGUCUACUGAUUCUUAAAAACAACACAAUGGACAUUGGUCUCUUAAUAGGGGCGAGUGUAGCAUGUAGCUUUAUACUGUUGGGUUUGUACUAUCUAUGGCUCUGUGCUGCAAAUUUGCCUAUACUUAUCAAUGAAAUGGAACGUGACGAACAUAUAGCCACAAUAAACAGGUUACAGAAACUUCUGGAAAGUAAAAAUACAAGCUUUCAAGAACUUGGAUAUGAGGAUGAUUUCUACAGGAGAGAUAUGUUUUCAAUAACUCGCAACAAACUAAACAACCCCAUAAGGAAUUCUUGGAAUUUUUUAAAAUAAUCUUUAUAUUUUACAUCUGUUACAGUAACGUUCGAUACCUUGCAAAUUGUACUUAUUAAUUGAUUAAGAGAAUAUUUUGCAGUCACUUAAUUUAAUAAGAAUAACUGUGUCUAUGUGACUUUUAUGCUCUGAGUCAUACAAUAAAUAGUGAUUCACAA